GGUAGGGCGUUGCCACGAGGGAGGAGCGUCUAAAACGUUCACCUGGAUCUCCGAGAGUUGAUUGCAGACAGCCUGAGAGUGAGCAAGGACCCAACUUUCAACUGCACAUAAACAUUACUGAUGUGGACAUCUACUCGCAGAGGGACUGUGCCUGAGGUUGAUAGCAUGAACUGAAGCAAAAUGGCUGUUCGUUCUCCUCGACAUGCACGCAGCAGAUCAGAAGGAACAUUAAUUGACCUGGAUGAAAACCCAUCAACAAAUAAUGCGUUUUCAAAAGACAGCAGCUACCGAGACACUUCUAAUGGGCUAGAGACCGAUUUACUGAAAGAUUGGCAUGAGGUCGUCUUUGAUCAUCCUAGCCAUACGGUUUCUCAGCAGACAAAUCCAUUUUGGAAUGGUUUGUCGGGAUCGAACCCAUUUUUAGAUGAGAUUGCCAAAAUAGGCGAGAAGAAGACACCAAGCCCAGAAUCUGUGUUAACGGAGGACCCACUGCUGCUGUUUGAAGAUCCAAGACCUGCUGAGUCUGGCUCUUCAGCUGAUGAAUUGGAUAUUGAUCACCUAAUCUAUAUUGGAAAACCUUUUGCAAAACAGCAUGGAAGAUGGAAAAGUGCUUCUGAUAUUUUGGACUUUUCAAACAAAGAAGAAGUUCCUCAGAAUAAUCGUCCAGUGAGUCAAUUUAUGGUUCCCAAUUUGGAGUCAUUUCAAAAUGACAGAGAAGCCUACAAAAUGGCAUGGCUGAGCCAUAGGCAACUAACCAGAUCUUGUCUCGAUUUGGAUAUGAUAAGCCAAAACCCAGGUUGGGGGCAGACACAGGCUAUUGAAAUGCACAUUGUUUGUAAAAUUGACCAUAAAGGAGGAUCUCUUCAGCUGCCUGAAUCAGAUGUAAGUGUCCACGUACCUGAAGGUCAUGUUUUGCCAGGUGAAAUUCAGGAAGUGGCUAUAAAGUCCUUGCUUGACCCACCUCAAGUACUUAAUAAUGAUCUUUGCACAACUAUUGGUCCAUUACUGGAACUGAAACUGAGCCAUUUAAAGACCCAAGAUUUUAUUUCUUUGGAAAUGAAGGUGACAGCUGAAGUGAAAACUGAUCCUAUGAGUCAGGUUAUGACUGAAAUUGUGUGUCUUUGCAGUGAUGCAAAGGAGGGCCCUUUUGAGAAGCUGCACGACAUUUACAUUUAUAAAGAUGUUAUGCAGGUAAAGCUGAAAAAACUGAGUCCUUGUAUGUAUAUUGUAGCAGCUGUUCAAGCUAAAAGCAUUCAACCUCCUGCAUCAACAGUAUGGGACUAUCUGAAUAAAAUGAUAACUUUUGGAAUUUACGGUCCCAAACAUAUUCAUCCAGUUUUUACUGCUGUUUGUGUUAUCUUUAGUCACAAUCAAGUUCCACAAAAUCUUACAGAUGUUAACAAAAGCAAUAAAAAUUUACCACCGGUUGUUCUUCAACUUUGGGGAAAACAUCAGUUUCAGUUAGAUAGGCCAGAAGAUUUUGAAAUUUCAAUCUUUCCCACUGACUCCCGGUACGAAGUACAAGAAGCUGAUCAGAAUGAAAAGGUUAAAAGAAGUUUGUUAAAACUAGGUAGAACAGUUCGGCAGCCGUUUAAUUUGUCUAUGUGCAAAUCCGGAGAAAUCAGUCCAUUUCAGCUCGAAAUUGAAGUAGCAGGAACCAGCCAUAAUGUAAUAACAAAAUUCAGUGUCCAGACACCCAUGCCAGCACCCAAAUCAAAUGUGAGAAGGCGUUUCCAAAGAUGGAAAGAACCUAUAACAGCUGUUCCUUCAGAUGAAACAUCUCAGCCAGUUAAUUAUCCCUCAUUUCGAGAGAAACCUGUAAAUAUUCUUAAAUAUGGAGUGGCUCUGAAAACUGUGCUGAGGCAGCCAAAGAUUGAAUACCUACUGGAAUAUUUUAAAGGCGACACAAUAGCACUUCUCGGCAUGGACAAAGUUAAAGCAAUUGGCCAAACAAAGAUCAAAGAGUGGUAUGUCGGCUUCAUACGAGGAAAGAUUGGCCUUGUACACUGCAAAAACGUGAAGGUGAUUUCGAAGGAACAGGUCAUGGACUUCUCAGAUGUAAAGAUUACAACCAAGAUACUCCUCCAUCAACUUUUGAUACCAUUUAAGAAGUUGACUUAUAUGUAUUCAUCCAUCCGUAAACUCAUCACUGAGAAUAUUUCCAAUUGGAAAGCAUUUGCUGUAGUGCUUGGAUACACUGACCUCUCACUGGAUAAAAUCUGCAGGAGACCUGCUGAAAGUGAAUCCGAACGUGUUGCAUGUAUAUUGGAGAAGCUGAAAGAAGACUGUCACAGUAGUGACAAUAGGACAAAAAGAAAAUUCCUUUAUGAUGUUGUUCAGGGACUUUUAAAGCUUGAUUGCCAAGGAAUAGUUGCUCGUCUUGUUCAAGAUGUUGUUAUGCUCUCAACAGCUGUGGAGCUUGGUGUCCGUUGGAGAGAGUUAGGGGAAAAACUAUCCAAACUCUCAAAGCAGCAAAUAGAAUCAUAUGAAGCACCUCACAGAACUAAAAGUGGUGAAAUUAACCAGGAGACCAUGUGGAAGCCAGCAUAUGAUUUUCUUUAUACAUGGAGCAUCAAGUUUGGAGAUGGAUACCGGGAUGUACUGCAAGAAUUGCACACUGCACUGGAUAGAAUGAAAAACCCAAUUACAAGACAUUGGAGACAACUAACAGGGGUUCUUAUUUUGGUGAACUGUAUGGAAAUACUAAGAGCUGCUGCAUUUGCCAAGCAUGAUGAGGAAUAACUCUCUCUUAACUUUUUUUGUUUUAUAGAAAACAGGCACUAAAUCAAUUCUUAAACUGUUUGUGAAGUGGGGGAGAAAGAGAAGCAAGACUGUUCUCCUAGAAUGCAAUUACAUAUUUGAUAAAUACUAUCAAACAAAACGUGAUAAGUUAUAGGGUUCAUGUAUGUCUCAGGUGAAUUGAAGAUGGGUUAAGAUUUGGGAAUCAUUCUAUUACUUUUGUUUUCAAAUAUUUGUAGCUUAGCACCAAAUAAGUUGAACCUAUUUACAGAAGUGAUGUGUUUGUGAAAAAUAUUGGGUUAAGUGACAAGCUGUUUCUUUAUUUUAACUUUUUUAGCAUCUGUAUUUCACUUCAGAGCAUGAUAAUAUUUGGACUAAGUUGUUCCCUUUUUCAAAUAGUUUUAAAAAUUUAAACCAUAGUUCCUUCAUGAUCAGCAAUUUAGGGAGAAUUUGAUAUAGUAUGCAUGAUAAACCAGGAUUUAUUUUCUGUGGGAGUUGUGGGCUGCCCCAUUAUCUCUCAAUGUUGACUUCAAAAACUUGAUUAACUGCAUCUAUGAACAUAGUGGCACACAUUUGUAUGGAAACAUUCUCAUUUAUAGAGACUUAUAUCUCACCAAGCUUAAACCAAAACCUAUAGUGCACCACUAGGGUCAUAUAUUUAAUAAAAUAUGCACUACUAUUUUUGGCCAACAUAAUUUUUGGAGUCUUUACAUGACCAUGAUAUUUGUAUGUUGUUCUUUGUCUGUUAUUUUAAUGUGAGCAUUAACACAGUGUCUUAAUAUGUCCAAAUCAAUAAUGGUAAAGGAAUAAUAUGUGCAUACAUUAAGCACUCGUCUGAUGACCACCAAUUUCUAGGCUUUAUUUUCAAAACUGAUAAUAUAAAGUACGUAGUUCCAGCAAUGCAAAAACAUAUGCUAUGACCGAUGCUUACAAUAUUCUUAAAUUGACUCCAAUAUCAUCUUGAUUUGUGUGAAUUGCUGUCUCAUUUUUUUGGAUUUAGUAUUCUUCUAUAGAUCCCAUGAGAGAAAAGAUCAUGUUUUCAGAUUCACAACCUGGAGCCUCCAUACUUGAUGAGGAGUUUUCCAUUUUUAUUCUCUUCUUGCAAUUAUUUUAAUAAGGCAUAGCAUUUCAAAGUUAUGUAUAGAUAUAAGCAAUGCUUAUAAUGUUCCAUCUUGAGAGUAAGGGUCAUUUUUAUAAAUGCAUGUCCCUGUCACAGUGUUACAUACAAAUUGCUCAUCAGGAAUUCACAUCCUGAGAUCACUAAGUUUUGCGGGAUGUUCAAAAAUGAAUAACCGAUCAUUUGGGCCUGAUUCCCUAAAAGGUUCUCCUUAUGUAUAAAGUUCUUUUCUGGGAAUACAGUUUGUAAAAUUGCUUGUAAGGAGUCAUACAAAGAACGAUUACAAAAUAACAUGAGGAUCAUCAGGUAUGAUGAAAGGAAGCUUUUUCUAAUUGUGGGUGAUGUGUGUGUGUUAAGCGAUGAGAAUAAGUGUCUAAUCUUCAUCCACAGUUUAGAUACCAAACAUUAAUAAGUAAUAUGUUCCAUAUGCCCUCAUUAAACUCUGCCAAAAGUUGAUAUAUUGCCAUGAGAAAGAGUUGGCAAAUAUCCAGUAUCCUUAUUGUACCUGUUACGAAAGCUGCCAAAAUUUCUAAAAUGCUGGGAUCAAUAGUGAUUGCAUUAAUGAUGUACAUAUAAUUUACAGUUUUUCUCUGGGGAUAAGUUAUUUCCUUUUGUCUUGUCUUCCUCCUUGAACUUUUAAUUUAUUUUCACAUAUAUAUUGUAUUAAAUAAAAAUUAUGACAAGGAAUAUUGAGGAAUACAAAGAUAUGUUGUAUUAUCUGGUGCAGUAUGUAGUUCUUUUGCAGUAGGUUAUAAUUACUUUUUCUUUCUUCCUUCCUUCCUUCCUUCCUUCCU